AUGGCUGUCAAACACAGCUUCCAGACCCUCUUCGCCGUUCCGCUAUCCUGCGACGGCUGCGUCAAGUCCGUUUCAGACUCUCUCUACAAACUCGACGGCAUCACAAAGGUCGAGGCCAACCUCAAGGACCAGCUGAUAUCGGUCGAGGGAUCUGUCGCACCAUCUGCCAUUGUCGAGGCCAUCCAGGCCACGGGCAGAGAUGCCAUCCUCCGGGGCUCUGGCGCUUCCAACAGCGCCGCUGUAAGCAUCCUGGAGACGUUCGCCGACCAGCAAGAGCGCUCGGAUGUGGACAACAGCCGGGAAGUGAGAGGUCUCGCCAGGAUGGUGCAAGUCAGCCCUGAGCGGACGCUGAUCGAUCUGACGUUGAGGGGCGUCGCUCCCGGCACGUAUCGGGCAACCAUUCGUGAGUACGGAGAUCUCAAGGACGGCGCUGCAUCUACUGGGCCCGUCUGGUCUGGGGGCGAAAAGGAAGCCCCCAAGGGUGACCUCGGCGUUGUCCAGGUGUCCGAGGACGGCCGGGGAUCCGUCUUCGUGGAUCAUCCCUUUCAGAUCUGGGAAGUCAUCGGUCAUGCCAUGGUGCUCACCAGACAAGACGAGUCCACGCCGCUCAAGAACGACGACAAUACCGUGGUAGGCGUCAUUGCGCGAAGCGCCGGGGUGUGGGACAACGACAAGACUGUGUGUUCUUGCACGGGCAAGACGCUCUGGGAAGAGCGUCAAGAUGAGGUGAAGAAGGGCAUGCUGUGACAACACAGCAGGGCUCAAACAUGACGUUUUGGAUAAACAAGUAGAAUGAAUAAAUGAGACAAGCGACUGUUUUCUCCCACCUUUCCACCCUCUCUCUCUUCUCGAAGCUCGUUUUAAGCUUAUCUCACAAUCUCCUAUGAAUCUCAUUAUCCACAACACUAAUCUCCUGAGAGGUUGUCGUGAACCGGCAAUUCAUCUAAAAGCAUUCGAACUGCCGACUUCACGAUGGCGGAGUUUCUCGUAGGGACUCAUUUAGGAGUUUCAUGCCGUCCAGGGAUUCAGGUACCGCAAACGCCACCCUUGCAACGCCGAAUGUACAAGGGGGACCGACAACGUCAAGACAAGCCAAACCAAGCACGAAAAAAAUGUAGUCAUCCCAUGCAGAAGCACG